CUUUGUUACCAUGGCUUGGAAAGAGGUAUCGGUGCUAGUUCUAUUAGUGUGCUUGGCAUCUGCCAAGACCAGGUUCGAUGGGUCUGAGGUCCUUAGUGUGUUCCACGAAGAUCUUAACCAACUUCGUGAGCUUGCUCAUAAAGCACGAUUAGAUGUGUGGUCCCAAAAUCACACCAACACUGAACUUCUAGUUCCUAGGCGCAAGUUGGGAUCAGUUAAGAGAUACCUGAACAGGAAGAAGUUACCCUACUCCGUUCUUAUCAAUGACGUCCAAAAACUUAUCGAUAAAGAGCAAUUCUCUAUACAGAUGAGAAGAGGAAGGGCAGGUUUCAAUUUGGACAAUUAUCACAGACUUGGUGAGAUUUAUAACUGGAUGGAUUAUUUAUCAAAGAAGUACCCCCAACUUGUUUCUGUGGAAACUAUUGGUUACAGUUACGAAAGGAGGCCCAUCAAAGUUGCAAAAAUCUCUUCAGGCAAACCAGGAGCCAAAGCAGUCUUUAUAGAUGGAGGUAUCCACGCCAGGGAAUGGGUGAGUACCGCCACGGUGGUCUAUAUCCUCAACGAGCUGGUUGAAAACAGAUCCAGACUCCCUUCCUACAUGGCCAACCUCGACUUCUAUAUCCUUCCAGUCUUUAAUCCUGACGGAUACGAAUACACGCACACCACUAACCGUCUUUGGAGGAAGAACAGAUCCAAGAAUUCUGGUCGUUGCAUAGGAACCGACCUCAACAGAAACUUCGACGCCCAUUUCGGAGGAGAAGGAACGAGUGAUUACAGCUGUGAUGAAACUUACAGAGGACCUCAAGCAUUUUCUGAACCUGAAACCAAGGCAGUUUCCAAAUACAUACUCGGUCUAAAGCAGAAACUCAGUGCUUACAUAGCAUUCCACAGCUACAGCCAACUUAUUCUUCUCCCAUAUGCUUAUGGUUACAAAGCAUAUCCUAAGGACUACAAGGAGCUUGAAAUGAUUGGUAAAAAUGCUGCAUUGGCUAUUCGGAAGUCGGAUGGAGAAGUAUACAACGUUGGCACCCCUGGAGAUGUCCUUUAUCCAGCUGCAGGAGGAGCAUACGAUUGGGUUAAAGAAACUGUUGGAGUGAAGUAUACCUUCACUUAUGAGCUAAGAGAUACAGGCUUACAUGGAUUUAUUCUACCAGCAAGACUGAUAAGACCAACAGCAAGAGAAGCAUUUGAGGGAGUCAAAGUUAUGGUAGAAGCUGCAGUAAGGAGAAAGAAGUAAUGGACACAUUAAUAACUACUACAUUAUAAAAUGUGAUAUUAAACAUAAAUAUUUA